GGAAGACGGAAGGUUCGCCUGAACCUUCAACAAAACCAGCGAAAAUGGCAAAAACAAUGGUAGAAAAAGAGAAAAAAUACGAUAGACAGUUGAGGUUGUGGGGUGAUCAUGGUCAAGCUGCUCUUGAGAAAGCUAAGGUCUGUCUAAUUAAUGCCUCAACAACUGGGACAGAAAUUCUGAAAAAUUUGAUAUUACCUGGGGUUGGAUCCUUUACCAUAGUCGAUGGAGCUAAAGUCACUGGGGAAGACAUAGGAAAUAAUUUUUUCUUGGAAAAAGCAAGCAUAGGAAAGUCUAGAGCAGAAUGUGCUACRGAAUUGCUUUUAGAGCUCAAUCCAGAUGUUUCUGGUGACUUCAUUGAAGAGACUGCUGAGCAAAUCCUUGAGAACAAYGUAGGCUUCUUUAAAUCAUUCUCUGUUGUCAUAGCAACACAGCUGCAAGAACGCRUGCUUCUGAAGCUUGGUGAUGUUCUUUGGUCAGCUAAAGUGCCUCUGUUAGUAUGUAGAUCAUAUGGAUUGAUUGGCUACAUGAGACUAGUUGUACAAGAACAUACAGUGGUGGAAUCUCAUCCUGAUAAUGCUAUUGAAGAUCUUCGUCUAGACAAACCAUUUCAAGGUUUACAGAGUUAUGUGGAUUCCUUUGACUUUAAGUGCAUGACUAAAGAGGAACAUUCUCAUAUACCUUACCUAGUAAUUCUACUUAAGUACCUUACAAAGUGGAAAGAAGAGCACAAUGGUCUCCCUCCUCAAAAUUACAAAGAAAAAGAUAUAUUUAAGAAAAUUAUCAGAGAUGGGAUACUAGUGAGGGAAAAUGGAGUACCAGAAGAGGAAGAGAAUUUUGACGAAGCCAUUAAAGCUGCCAAUAAGGCUUUAAUUCCAAGUAAAAUAAACUCUGAUAUACAGAACAUAUUCAAGGAAGCUGAAUGCUCUACCAUCAUGCAGUCUAGCUCUUCAUUCUGGAUAAUUGCUGGAGCAGUGAAAGAAUUUGUUGAAAAUGAAGGACAAGGUCUUCUUCCUCUCCGAGGCUCUAUACCUGAUAUGACAGCAGAUUCUAAAAGUUAUAUUGCUCUUCAAAAUAUAUAUCAAGACAAAGCAAAACAAGAUGUCGCAGCUGUCACUCAAAGAGUGCAUAGUAUAUUAAAUUCUAUUGGAAAAUCAACUGACAGUAUAUCAGAAUCUGAGAUAAGAAUAUUUUGUAGAAACGCAUCAUUUUUAAAGGUUGUGAGGUGCAGAUCUUUAGCUGAAGAAUACAAUGCUUCCAAAGCUAACAUCUCAGAAAUAGGGUGUAAUCUAGAUGACCCAGACACUGAUGUUGUWUUCUAUGUGCUGCUAAGRGCCACWGACAGAUUUUACAAUCAAUAUCACAGAUAUCCUGGUCAUUUUGAUGAUCAGGUAGAAGCUGAUGUYGUAAAACUUAGGUCAUGUGUGAGUUCAAUCCUACAAGAAUGGACAAUUAGCGCAAACAUCAAGUCYGAAUACAUCCAUGAAAUGUGUCGAUAUGGUGCAUCUGAGAUUCACCCAAUUGCAGCAUUUAUUGGAGGUGCUGCAGCSCAAGAAGUCAUCAARCUAAUAACCCAUCAAUUUGUUCCUUUUAAUAACACUUUUAUCUACAAUGGGAUGACUGGUUCAUCUAGGACACUUCAGCUUUAACAUAAUAAUAGCAAAAUGUACAAAAUAUAUAAUAUAAAGCAUCAGUACUAUAAAACAUGAUGCAGAUGAAUUCAAUGUUGUGUAAAAUGAACUUAAUGACAAGGAAUUCUUGACAACUUCUGCAUUUCUUAUUGUGUCUUAAUAAACGCGGUGACACAGGAAGCCAAAACUAUAAAUUACAGUAACUAUUUUUUGUUUAUAACUAACACUUUGAAUAUCAAACACCUGUACUAUGUCAUAUUUUUCACUUCGAAACUAAUAAAUAGUCCAAUUUUUAUUAUUA